UCCUGUAUUUCUUCAUCUCAAUAUGUUAAUGAGAUGUGUCAAUCAAAAAUAGGUAGGCGGUAUUUGACACACCAUUGGCUAAUCGUUUUCAACGCAUUGUAUUUGAUUAUGUUAGCCUUACAUCCAUCCUUGCUGUCAUGGACGACAUAAAAAGGGCAAUUGCCAGAGACAAUGGCCAAUCUCGUUGAAAACGAAAAUGUAUGUCCCGACUUCCUACUGUUCCGUGUAGAGGCUAUAAUGGCAAAUAUAGGACUUGUAGCUGCUGAAAUGGACACAGAGUUAGACCCACUUGUUCUUGAAAACUUGGAAUGCGUUGCACACCAAAUAGGAGUCUCAAGUGACAGCACGAGCAGGAUCGCGGGACGACCUUUAUAUCCUUUGCCCAUCACCACCAUUGAGUCAUACCUACUAUUGGGGUUAACAGCUGUUGACAUUGCUCGAUUGUUUGGAGUUAGCGAAAGAACAAUUCGGCGGAGGAUGGCCCACAACGGACUAAGAGUCUCUGACUUGAACACUAAAAUGGAUGAUCCGCAGUUGGAUGCCAUGGUGACAGAGAUCCUACAACAUCACCCCAAUACAGGGUACAAAAUGAUGAUUGGCUAUCUCAACUCUCGGGGCAUAAAGAUUCAGAAACAACGUGUACAAGAGUCCAUGCGCCGUAUUGAUCCAGAGGGUGUUGUGGUGCGCACUCUCAUGUUGCAGACAGUGAGGCGCAGACGGUACUCUGUAUCAGCUCCAAACAGUUUAUGGCACAUAGAUGGAAACCAUAAACUAAUAAGAUCAGACAAAGGAGGAGAAAACAUUGAUGUGGCACACUACAUGUUGACCAGCAGAAGGGUAAACAGAAAUUCACACAUUUCUGGAAGAAGCGUACACAACCAAAGAAUUGAGCGCUUGUGGAGAGAUGUUUUUGGAGGGGUACUUGAUCUUUUCUACACCCACUUCUACAACCUGGAGCAUGAGGGCCUACUUUAUCCAGAUGAUGAAGUUCACCUCUAUGCACUGCACUGGAGCUUUCUUCCACACAUACAAAGGCACCUUCAGUUCUUCAAAGAUGGCUGGAACCACCACCGACUCCGGGCCGAGGGCAAUCAGUCACCUCACCAACUCUGGACUCUUCAUCAACUAAAGGCAGACCCCUUAUAGGUUUGCAUGUGUUAUGCAUGUUUAAUCCUUGCAGAUAGGAGUUAUUUGUAUUACUCUAUAACACUUGCAUUAAACUGAUUUAUUAGAUUCUCAUUUUUCUUGUUAGAUGACACAUCCCCACUUAAUUUUGUACUCACUAACUUGAGGACUCACGGUAAUCUGCAUCCUCCAGCCAAUAUAUUUCUACCUUUUCUCAAACUCUCAAACUUAAAGCCCCAUACAGUGUAUUGUCGAUUUACAUUAAGUGAUUAAAAUCUUUUUAUUAGGUCGAUGUAGAGUAUGGCAUUGACUUGGCAGGUCCAUUCAGGCCUCGUUGUCAAGGUGUCAUUAUACCUGAAGUGGAACUUCAGCGCCCACUGACUGAACAGGAAGUAAUAACACCCCCAAAGCGCCCACUGACACCCCCAAAGCGCCCACUGAC